UGCGGUAGGUUAAGUCUCAUGUUCCUUUAAGAAAUGCCACCACAGGUGGAGUUUCAUAAAGAAACACCCCAUAAUGAUAGCAGUACCCUGAGGCGUUUGCAGGCCAAAUAAGAACUGAAGCUUUCUCUCUAGUGCUUGUUGUUCCACCCAGACUUGGCACUUUCCCUUUCUGGCUGGUGAGAGUUCACACACUGCAACAAUGCCUGCACCGGGUGUGUGUAUGAACAUCGUCAAUGCCCGUCAUAUGAAAGACGGCCAAGGGACCCGCGACAACCCUGAGCGGUUUCUCAACCAAGACUUUGAGCAGCUGAAACAGUACUGUCUCUUCAAACGGCUGAGGUACAUUGACGACAUGUUCCCCCCUGACAGAAGGUCCAUUGGUGAAGGGAUACUGAGUCCUUCUGACCUGAAGCAAGUGGUGUGGCUGAGACCAGCAAAAAUUGUUCCCAAUCCAUAUUUUGAAGUUGAUGGGAUCUCCAGGUUUGACUUUGGUCAAGGCAUGGUUGGUAACUGCUGGUUUCUUGCAUCUAUCGGAGCUCUAACUUUCCAGACUGACAUCCUUCAGCAAGUUGUUCCUCUCGAUCAAAAAUUUGAUGAGAACUACUGCGGGCUGUUCCACUUCAGGUUCUGGAGAUUUGGAAGCUGGGUGGAUGUUGUCAUUGAUGACAAGCUACCAACAGUUGAUGGCAGACUUAUCUUUGUUAGGUCCAAAAACCCAGCUGAGUUCUGGCCUGCUCUGCUGGAGAAAGCCUAUGCCAAAGUGUGUGGUUCCUAUGCGGACAUGAGUGCUGGAACUCCUGCUGAGGCUUUGACGGACUUCACUGGUGGUGUUCACAUGUGUAUCGAUCUGACAAACCCUCCCCCAGACCUGUGGGAACUGAUGUUUAGAGCUGGCAAAUCCAAGUCACUGAUGGGCUGUGGUACACCACAGGGGGAGACAUCUGCCAACACUGUGUUACCGAAUGGAUUGGUCCAAGGACAUGCCUACACUGUUACAGGUUUGAAACAGAUGAUGAGCCGAGGGCAACUGGUGAACCUGGUGCGCCUCUGCAACCCCUGGGGCAGAGGGGAGUGGAAAGGAGACUGGAGUGAUGGGUCACCUUUAUGGCAAACUGUGAGUCCUGAGGAUCGUGAGAUGUGCCUUGCAGUGGCUGACGAUGGGGAGUUUUGGAUGACCCUGGAAACCUUCACUAAGACCUUCUCCGAUCUUGACAUCUGCUGCCUGUGUCCUGACUUCAUUGAUGGAAGCUCUUCUUGCCACUGGAAGACCUCUUUCUACGAGGGCAGAUGGGUUGCAGGAAGGACUGCUGGAGGAUGCAUGAACAACCUCGACAGUUUUUGGACUAAUCCACAGUAUCGGGUCAGGAUUGAGGAAUUGCUUGAAGAAUGUUCUGAGGGACAUGGAGAGAAAAACAUGCUGGUGUCUCUCAUGCAAAAGCCUGACAAGAGAAACAGGCGCCUGGUCAAAAGUCUCCACAUUGGAUUAACUGUGUUUGAGGUGACUGAAGAAUACAAGGCACAGAGGGGGAAGUUCGACGCCUCUUUCUUCAGCAAAAAUAACCCUGUAGCCCAAACGAAAACCUACAUGAAUGCACGUGAAGUGAUGGAGUUCCUUUUGCUCAAGCCUGGCGAGUACCUGAUUGUGCCGUCCACCUUCAGUCCAAAUGAGACAGCCUCCUUCAUCCUGACCAUCCUCUCCAAGUCAGAGACACAUGUCCAUGAGAAUUCUGGUGCCCAUGACCAUGAAAAUGAGGAAGCUGAAGAGCCCAUGCAUAUUGAAAAUGGAGAGGAUAUCGAAGAUAAGAGGAUGUUGUUCCGCCAAUACUGUGACAAGGAUGAAGAAGUGAAUGCUGAGCAGCUCCAGAAGCUUCUAAAUGAAAACUUCCUGAAAGGAGACUUGCAAUCCAGAGGCUUCAGCACUGACGCCUGUCGCAGCAUGGUUGCUCUGAUGGAUACAUCAAGUAGGCCCUCCGGCAAACUGAACGUUGACGAAUUUGUUCGUCUGUGGAACAAGAUCGUCACAUACAAGGACAUUUUCUUCCGCAUUGAUGUUUCACAAACAGGAACACUGUCACUGAGUGAGCUGAGGAAUGCUAGCAUUGCUGCAGGAAAGAGGAUCAGUGAUAACAUGCUGAACUUGAUGGCUCUGCGCUACGGUGCCUCCUCAGGACACAUGUCGCUGGAGAGCUUUAUCAGUCUCAUCCUUCGCUUCGACUGCAUGAGUGCAAUCUACAGGCAGUUGUCCGAUGGAAUGAACAUAAGCCUUCGUGAACCAGAGUGGAUGUACCUUACGAUGUACACUUAGCCUGGCAGAGAGGAUGAACUGCAGGAUUCAUUUGGAAUUACAGCAGCAGAAUAUGUAAAAGAAAAUAAAUGUGUGUUCUUGUGGAGAUGAGGUAUUAUAUGGUAUGAAACAACGGGGCAUUUACUUUGAACUUUGCUACUGAAAGGGGUCUAACAAAAACUGUCACUUCCCAGUAACUGGGAGUAACAUGCACUGUGAAGCAGAUGCAGGCUACCUUGUUUUUUUUCUUAAAAUCACAAUGACAAUGUUAACUGUGCUUACCUGUUACAGACAGUACAGUGGCCAAAUUGUGCAUAGCAUGGAAUACAACAAAAUACAACAGUUUGGUUCUGUA